AGCCACCGCCUCAGAGGCAGUGCUGGGGGCCGGGGGGGGGUUGUCCCAUGGGGCAGCACCCACCCGGGACCCCCUCACACACCCAGCCAGCCCCUGGCACACGUGGGUGCUGAGCCUCGCUCUGCCCAGCUGUGAAAUGGGCAGAAGGGGGGACGCAGCGAGAGGGGCUUGCGGGGGGGUCAGGGCAUUCGCGUCCCAUGGGAGCAGCCGGGGCCCCGGGGGUGCGGGGAGGAAGGGUCCCCCUCCAUCCCCGUCCCACGCAGGAGGGGAGCGGCGGCGGGUCAGGGAUCGCAACACGCCCAGGCGUCGUGCCCUUCGUGGCCCUGCUCCUGCUGCAGCGGCGGCCGGUUGCCGGCCGGGCCCUGCUGGUGACUGGCCCCGGCUGCCCCGGUCACAGCUUGUGCCUCUCCAACGUCCAGGAGCAGACCCGCAGGCAGGUCGCGCUGCUCAACGCCACCGCCCAGGACCUCUUCAGCCUCUACCUGAAGUGCCAGGGAGAGCCGUUCAGCAGCGACACCGACAGGCUCUGCAACCCCAGCGGCAUCUUCUUCCCCGCUUUCCGCGUCAACCGGACGAGCGAGAGGAAGGAGGUCAUGGUGGCCAUGUACAAACUCUUCGCCUUCCUCAACGCCUCGUUGGGGAACAUCACGCGCGACCAGGAGGAGCUCAACCCCACGGCCAAGGAGCUCCUCGACCGGCUCCACAACACCACCAAGACCACCCGGGGCCUCAUCUCCAACCUCACCUGCCUCCUCUGCAAGAACUACAACAUCUUCCAGGUGGACGUCAGCUACGGGGAGAGCUCCAAGGGCAAAAGCACCUUCAAGAAGAAGCAGCAGGGCUGCCAGGUGCUCAGGAAGUACGUGCAGGUCAUCGCCCAGGCGGCCCGCGUCCUCCUACCUCAUCUCAGCCCCCCGUGAGCGCCCGCCCUGGCUCCUCCGCGCCCCCCCCCACCCCCACCCUGGCCAACCACCAGUGAGGGCGGCCGAGCCAGCCCUGCCGUCCCUCCGCUGCUGCCUCCUGACCUCCUGCCUUCCUAUUUAUUGCCCUGGACCCUGCGCUGGCCCCGUCAGCCCUCCGGUAAUUUAUUUCCCCCUCGUGGGGGGGUGAACGUCGCAGCCUGGUGAGUCCCGGGUGGAGCAGAGCCGGGGUCGGCAUCCGGUGGGACAAGGAGACACAUCCCCGAGGUGAUGCUGGGGCACGGGCUGGUCCCGGGAUGCGCCUUGGCCGUCCCCGUCCUCCCACGGGAGCUGCGGGUGCUGCGAGGGGCUGGCGGCGGGGCCGGACUCUGUCCCCCAUGGCCGGUCUCCUCCAUCCUGGAGAGCAACCUGAUGGACAUCCUCGAGCAUCAUCCGAAAGCCUCCGCUUCCCCUGGAAAAAGGAUUUUGAGAGGGAGGACCCCGGGAUGCUGCGGCUUGUGGGAACGUGGGGACGCAGGGACACGCUCCCCCUGCACAUUUUGGGGCUGGGCUCCCCCACAGGGAGUCAAACAGGGGGGUACUGGGGUGGCCGGGGCUGGGUCCCGCCGUCUUGGACAAAACCACCCACUGGAGACGGAGCUGGCGGCUGCUCCGCCGAGGAGCACUGUGUCCCCCGGCGCAGGCACGGCGGGGCGCGGAGGGGCCAUCCCUCCCCUUCGGAAAAGUGCUUUUCCCACUGGAAAGGCUUUGAAUGUACCAGCGGCCCGGCCAAGGGCUGGGCUUCGCAUGACUGGAUGCGGCCCCGGCGCGGGGACCCGGGGACGCGGGGACGCGGGGACACAGGGACAGGCCCCAGGGCGGUGGCAGGAGGCGCUGGCUCGCUCCUGGCACCGGAGCGGGCUGCGAGGGCUAUUUAUUGCCUCGUUGCAAAACCCAACGUGCACCGAGUGC